CGCAACAACACCAGCGGUCAAUGCGAGUACACCAAUGGUUAUCCAGACACAACAGACGAUGAUACACUAAAUUGCCCAGAGAGAUAUGAUGUAGCUGUCGCGGCGCUAACAACUGCUGUUGCCACAUGUAAUGAUGAACCUCUUACCCUGCAAACUCAGGCAUUGCUGAGGUUUGGCAUUCGAGAAGGCGUUGAAGUGAUGAUGUUGUUGUGA